AUGUGUGAGUGGCUUCGCGAGUUCAAAUCUAUCCAAGAAGACCCCCAGCCCGAGCCCAUACACUCAGAAGUCACACGUUGGACUCCACCUCAAAAUUCCCAACUCAAAGUUAAUUAUGAUGGAGCUGUUUUCAAUGACUUUCAGCAGGCAGGGGUGGGUGUCGUGGUCAGAGAUGCAGCUGGUGUGGUUCAUGGGGCACUCUCAAACAGGUUUACUCUCCCUAUGAAUGUUGAAGACGUUGAGGCUUUGGCUUGCAGGUCAGCAGUUGUCUUCGCCUUGGAACUUGGCCUGCGCGAAGUGGUGUUUGAAGGCGACUCAGAUACAAUUACUAAGGCACUUAAUUUGGCUUUAUCAUGCCUAAGCUCCUUUGGUCAUAUAAUUGAUGAUGUUAAUGGUUCAUGGGGCACUCUCAAACAGGUUUACUCUCCCUAUGAAUGUUGA